AUUCGACCUUGAGGUCAAGUGCGUAAAACUAGGAUACAGAAGAUUUGUAUUUCUGAAUUAGCGCUACAACUCUCAAUGCUAUGCUUAAGAACAGAUAUUUCUAAAUUUCGUUAAAAUGGAUUCUUUUAUUGGUCGUACAUUAUCCAAAACACGGAUAUUAUCUGCGUGUUGUUUAAUCAUCAUUUCGAUUUCGACAGUAUACAGUAAUAUAUUAGACAAAUGCAGCAUUUCUCAAAGUCGUUUAGCACGUUCCAUCUUAAAUGAGAUUGUUUUCCCACUAUUUAAAUAUACAGGUGUUGCUAUGAACGAACUAUGCCCUUUUCAUCCUAAACAUGAUAUUUAUGCUAUUCAUGAACAAAUGAAAAAUAAAAUUUCUGAUUAUGAUUGGGAAUGUCAAAUGUGUGGUAAACGAUUUUACACAGAAAAUACAUUUGAUUUACAUAUUGGCAAUAGACAUGAAACAAAUGCUUAUAGUACCAGUCGUACAAUUUGUUUAUCGUCCUAUUGUUCGUUGCUUCGUUGUUCUGUACUAAAACCAGAUAUUGAUUAUGGUUAUCAAGUGUUUUGGGAUGAAGCAUUAUGUGAUCCAAAGUCGUUUGAAGCUAUUUCAAAGCAAUGUGAGGAUAUCUUGAAUAAAUGUACACCAUCUGGAAAUGACAGUAGCAGUACACAAAUACGUCAACUACUUCAAACUACAUUAUGUGAUCAGUUAUCUUGUGAUCGAUAUUGGAUUUUACCAGAUUCACAUAUUCAAACUUCUGUAUGGGAAAAAGUACUCACUGCAUUUAUCGUAACAUCUGGUUUAUUGAUUUAUUAUUCUGUAAUAUUUAUGAGAUUAAGUUCAUCGUUCUGUCGUUUACGUAUUUCCAGUCUUUCUAUUCCACGAAGCAGUAAAAAAGCAUUUCGAUCCUAUUACUGACAAAAAAUAAAAUGUGGUCAUAAAUCUAUACACUAAAUGACUGAUUUCGGUAAUCAAGAAAAUAAAAUGUUGUACAGUUUACAAAAUGAAUUCUGUCUUUAUUUUGAUUAUAACAAUCUGGUAUUUCUUCGUUGGUGGUAUUUUGUGAUUUGAUUUUCGUGAAUUAGAAUCUUGAUGAAUAAAUAGUGGUUAAUGUGUUGCGAUGUUUUAACUUGUAAAUACUACUGAUUUCAAGUUUCAGUGUGAUGUGAACACCAACAUCAGAGUGCAAGAAAAUUUAACCAAGGAGUUUCGCACAAAGGUAUACUCAUUUCUUGGAUUCGACUAUUAGUUUGCAAAAGAAGUGUUCAAAUUUGUACUUUGUAGAUAACAGGGUUUUUAACUUUAUUCAUCAACUACACAUACUACUGUAACUUUUUUAUUUGUUACGCUUUAGUGGCCCGGGAUCCGACUCCAAGUAGAUCG